AUACAAAAUAAUUUUUGGAUUUUGUGAUAUUUUGGCAGUUUUAUACUAAAAAAAUUGUGCAAUUUUGCUUUUAUACUUUAAUCUUUCCAUAAUUUAAGUCAACUACUUAUCAUUAACCAGUCCUUGCAAUGCACCAGAUACCGCCGAUGAGUCCGACCAUCAAGGAGCUUUGCGCCAAAUUACUACGCGAACGUCAACCCCGCGAAGUUGGUUGUAGAAGCGGUCAACCGAAAAAGAAACGGACCGUACGCAGCGCAAUCAUCACCGAGGACGCCACGCCGCUCAUUAUCAAAAGCCUCGUAGAAGUGCCGGUUCACGCAGCGAGAGUAGAUGCACAUACCGCCGAUGGUGGCAAGCGUACAGAGACCUCACUGGAUCAAAUGAUAGAACAACUGCAUCGCGGCAAGUGGCCAUCGGAUGUGGUGGUGCUCAUAACACCUGCCAGCAAACACAACAAUCUCUAUAAACUACAUGUGAUCGAUCGUAAAAACGAAGAUCACCUCGGCAUGACUAGCAUAACGAAGAAGGAGUUGGCGGAAUUGCGUGCGAGUAAUGUUUUCGACAAGUACGCUACAAUUGUGGGUAAUAAAUAUAUUGAUUUAAAGACGGUUACUAUGAACACCGCGAUCAUUGCGAAUAUAAUGAAGAAUCUGAACGGUGGUUGUUGUCAAGAACAACAAAAAGUACAAUGUGAGCUGCCAUUAACGCUGCUGAAACGUGAUAGCAAAGAGGUUGUGGGCUGUAAAAGUAGCUCGGAGCUGGAAUUUGAGGUACCGGCUGAAAGACGUGGGCGUCGGCGCAGCACACAAUCUCGUAUCAUCAGUAAAUAUCACACAGAGAGCGGCGUUCACUUAAUGACGCUGAUCGAUCGCAUUAACGAUGCCAUUCAACCAUCCGGCACAGACUUACACAAUUUCUUCGAUCUCGCCGAGACAUACAAAUUCAAGAUGUAUAUACGUCCGGAGUUGUGUUGGCAACCGCCGCCACAGGCCUCGUCGCAGCAAAAUGAAUCCGACACCGAUUUAGUGCGCUUCAAUGUCGAGAGUUUCAUGCUCUUCGACAAUUACGUUUGUAGCAUAGCCUUGAAUUCGCUGCAGUUACACGAGCAGUUGAAAUUACAUCCGUCCAUCUUGUCCCGUAUGGAAGUCAUCGAAGAUGUUUGCGAGCUCACUCCGCUGCCGAAGUGGUUCCUUAUGUUGUUGCGCACAUUCGCUGAAUGGUUGGGUCUGGAGAUGUUCUACGAUGCAUUUGGGGAAUUUAUUUUCGACUUGUAUAAACACAUCACUUGAGAGAUGAGUGAUACAAGCAAUGAGGUCCCCAUAAAUAAAAUUAAUAUCGAAAGAAAAGUGUGAAAAUAA